GUGUGUGUAUGGGUGUGUGCGGGGGGGGUUACCUGGUCGUGGGCCGUGGGCGAAUGGGCGACAGUCGGCAACAUCAGCUAUUGCCCGUGCUAUCGAAGAGGAUCUCGCCGAGAAGGAGGAGCAGUUUGAGGACGAUGACGAUCUGUCCAAGAUUCGUGAGCGGCGGCUGGCCGAGCUGAGGAAGAAGGCCAUGGAGGUGCGGGCAAAGGAGUCGGCACAGCAUGGCAUGUACAAUGAGGUUCCGGAGGAGGCCUUUCUGGAGUUGGUGACCAAGACCAAGCUUGUUGUGGCUCACUUUUACCACUCGGACUUUAACCGCUGCCGCAUUGUCGACGAUCAUCUGGAGCGCCUCGCGCCGCGCCACUUCCAUACCAAGUUUAUCAAGUGCAACGUGGAGAACUUCCCGUUCUUUGUGGAGAAGCUCAAGAUCCGCAUGCUGCCCACCAUUGUCUGCUUCCGCGACGGCGUCUGCAUCGACCGCGUGGUCGGCUUUGAGGAGCUCGGCUCUACCGACGACUUUGAGACCUCGGCCCUCGAAGCUCGCCUCGGCAUGGCCGGCAUGGUCAAGCGCGGCGGCGACAACCCGUAUGCCGACGGCUCCAUUGCCCGCAACGACGACGACGACGGAGUCAUCGGCUCUCGCGAGCGUACCCUCUGGUCCGCCAUCCCUAUCACCUCGCCCGACGAGGACAUCGACUUUGACGCCUGAUGGCAAAGCAGUACACAACACACGUAUCCUA